UGUGGAUCUGCUCUUCUCUUCUGUUCUCUCAUCUACUGCAGAUCAAACAACACAGUUCUUCAUCUUCAUCUGUUACUGGUCUUCUGUCCAAAUAUCUUCAUGUGUUUUGCUUUUGUCUUCUUUGGUGUUUCUGAAGGAUCUGUGUAUGAGGCGGUCUGCUGUUGUGCUCUUUAUGUUGUCAGACCUGUCAUGUUGCUCUGGACUGCUCCAUAUGUUCAACAGUUCACAUGUUUGAUUGACUUCUGAUGAUUGUCAGUUUAUCAGCAAAGAUCACAAAAUGAAUCAUAAAUAGAUGCACAGACAUUUGUGUCAGUGAUUAUUUAAUUUCCAUUAUGACAUUUCUUUAGGCAUUAUGAAAACGUGGAUCCUGGUUUACAGUUAUGACACAGAAUAUAUUGUGUUCUCAUCUGUUCUGUAUUCAGUACUUUUUCACCUUGCCUGGGGGAAAAGUCUAAAUUAUGCUGGAUUUGAAGCCCUUAUAAUUAAAGUCCUCUUUGUAUUAGCACUUCUGUUCUAUCUCUUCUACAGUAUUUACAUGUUUGGCAAAAUCUCUGGGAAAUUAAGUGAACUGGUGAUUAAAGUAUUUAAUGUUCUGGCUAAUAUAUUCUUGGAUGUGCUGCCGUCAUUACAAUUAGUCCUCAUGUUCUACUCUUUUGGAUCAGACAGAGGAGGUCUCUUCAUUGUAGCAGUUUUACCUGUGAUACUUACAGCGACAAGAUGGAAUUGGGAUGUUACAUGUGGGCGGAAUGUGGGCUGUUCACCUUUGGUCAUGAGAUCAGUUUGGUUUGUAAUGAUGUUGUUGGUGACUACAGUAAUGAUGUUUUUCUACACCAUGGCACUGGAAAAGGAAAAAGAUCGUGUUGGAUGGGCCUGUAUGAUGGGGUUUGUUCAAGUAUUAUGGACAAUUUGGAACUUUUCCUUGGCAUUUGAAGAUACAGAUUUUCCCCGUGUCAUCACAGUGUAUGUGUUUGGAUCAGUUGGUGUUGUUUUAAUCAGCGCUGUUGCUCUGAUGACAGAACUGAUACUGAAAACAGUUAAUGGUGAAGGUCCGAUGGGUGAUCUGAGAAUCGUCACAUUUUCCUGUGAAACUCUCUUUAUCUCAUCUGUGCUGAUUUUACUGGUGUUUGCACCAUGGAUCAAACCGUGUGUGGGGUCUUACCAGAAAUCUGAUGAACAUUCUACCAAUUCACCAGAAACUCCAGCCACUGAUGAAUCAAAACAGAUCAAAGAAUCUCUUGACAUGAAUCCUAAACUGAAUAAACAAGAGACUGAUAGAAGUGAAGAAGAAACUCAACCUGAAUCUAUGGAAACACAAACAUGAGAGACGAUCAUCUACCAGGGGUGCGUUUCACAACACCGAUUUAAUUCAAUCCAUCGUUGAGGAAAUGAACCGUGUUGUCAUGACUGUUUCCCGAAACCAUAUUAACUCUGUUGGUUCUAGUUGAUGACUUCAGACAGGUGGUGGAGUAAUAACAUCUACGAAUAAAAACGCACAGAUGGAAUUAAUGUCAAAUUGUUGCUGUAAUAAUGUACAUUGCAUGUAAAGAUUAAGUUUGUUAUCCUAUUUUUGUUCUCGGUUGUUAAAACUGUUUCCCCCAGGUCCUCGAGGCUCCUCAUUAACUCUUUUGCCAAACCAAAAGACACAACAUGGAAUUUGUAUAUAUUUAGGAUGAUUAAUAUAGAAUGCACUGUAUGGUGAUUGCUUAUUUUGCUCAAAAGCAUGAUGUAAGUUUGCAUGUCAUAAUAAAAAGAUACUACGCUUCUAACCACAGCUUGAGAGCAGAUUUUCGAUACUGUUAGCAAAUGAAUCGGGAAACACUUGUACUGAUAGCGAACAAGAUGGGAAACGAUGCUUUUUUAUUUUUGCGAAUUGAAAAUGAGUGUAAUUAUGUGUAAGAUUUGUAUAUUUCUGUUUGUAAUACACUUGCGUUUUAUUGUUAUACAGUAUAGAAUGAUUUCUGAGAUCCAGUCCAGCUGCUAUUUCCACAGUAUUUGAAGGGUUCAGAUGCAAAACCCUCUAAAAUCUUCCUUUGUCAAAAUUUGUUUAUGAUUUUGAGUGAUACUCCACAGAAAGUGUAUGUUUCUCAAAUAAUUUUAAAUAC